CUGCGGCACCAGUGACUGGGUGCAGGACUCGCAGCGAUGGCAGUCGCUGCGUUGGCGGCGCGAGCUCGGCUGAGCGUUUUAGGAGUGAGGGCCAUGCAAGCCCAAGGCUUCGGCUCCGACCAGUCGGAUCGCACCGACUCGGGCGCGGGCUCCGUCCGCGAAGCCGGCGGGGCCUUCGGAAGGAGAGAGGCGGCCGAAGAGGAGAGAUUCAUCCGGGCACAGACUAGAGAGCAGCUGGCCGCCUUGAAGAAACACCAUGAAGACGAGAUCGUUUAUUCUAAGAAGGAGAUCGAGCGUCUCCAGAAAGAAAUUGAACGGCACAAGAAGAAGAUAAACAAACUACAAAAACAUGAUUAAGUACACACCGUUUCUCAGAGAAUGGCUACGUAAUCAUGGUCCACUUGUAAGUGGGCACAGUUCUGCUUUAAUGAAUGUUGCUCUGAGUGCUGCCAACAUAUAAUAAAUUGUCAUAAGUGAA